CUUCUGAGAAAUUUUGGGGACAAAACACUAGCGCCAAAAUAAUAUUGACGAAUUAGACUUUAACCAUUAAUUCGAAAAUUUUAACAGCAUGCUUUGGAGUUUUUGUUUACACCACAAUCGAUGAAGCUCCAUUAUUAUUUUUUCCGUUUGGGAGUGAUUCAAGUUUCGAUGAAAUCUGGCAGCAACGUUCCGGACUUCAGCGCUUCCCGGGAAAAGAAUGAUCUGGGCUUCCUGACGUUCGAUCUCAAUAAAUUGUUCAACUGGAGUGUGAAGCAACUAUUCUUGUAUCUGACGGCCGAAUACCAGACGGAACAGAACGAGCUCAAUCAGGUGGUCCUGUGGAACAAAAUCAUCCUGCGAGGCAAAAACACUUUGCUGAACUUCAAGAACAUGAUCACCGAGAACUACUUCUGGGACGAUAGCAAUGGGUUGAAGGGCAACAGAACGUGACGACGACCCUUUCCGGGAACAUCGUUCCAAAUGCAGGACUGAUUCCGAAUGUAUUUGCUCAUGGACAUCAUUGGUUCAAGUUCUCGGAAACCUUCAUGCUGCUCUAAAGAACUACAAAAAUUAUUUCAAAAAAGCUACCAGAAUUUAUCGGUGAUUAUAAAAAAGCUCAAAGAAAAACGAAUCGAUACUAAAAUAAACCACCGAAGGAUUCGUUUUCCGCCGAACUGCAGCUGACCAUGCAGCUUUCCCAUUUAUUCCAUUCUAAUAAAUUUGAUUUUUGUUUGCAAAUUUGAGCUGCCUAUCUUAACAUGAUCAAUCAUCAAUGAAAAACCAUCUGCAGGAACAUCUGCUUUAAAUGAUCCCUAGAACCGUAUGCACUUAUUCCUUAUUUCUUCAAUUAUGUGUGUUCAGUU